CCCCUUGGCUCCUCUCCGCCCUGUGCCGUGCAGCAGGAGGCUUGCACGCGGGUCGCCCAGUUAGCGAGUCCCGGCGAUUGGCGCCCGGCCGCGCUCCUGGUACACGCGGGCUUCUCGCCGCCAGUGUUCUGGUGCCGGGUAGACUCGGUGGCUUUCCGGGACGCAGGUUGUGGAGCGUGUGUGCUAAGAGCUACCGUCCAGAGGAAGCUGUGAUCUAGCAAUCGAGUUCCUUACAUUUCUUCAAAAUGAAUGUUACUGUCCGAUUCUUAAGACCUUUUGCCAGGUUAAUGGUGCCAUUUACCUUUCAUAGGAAGAGAAGGAAUUUAUAUUCAACAAUUCUGCAGAGAUCAGUGUCUUCCAAAGUACCUUCUUUGUCCUGUCAUAGUAAGGACAGUACAUCCCCUCCUGAACAGCUAGAAUUGGAUGGGUGGAAAACUACAAUGAAAUCUAGCAUUCAAGAAGAUGGUGUUUCAGUGGUCUCAGACAAAGAUCAAGAUUCUCUAGCUGCCACCAGAGAAUUAAUUGAGAUGUGGAGAUUACUUGGCAAAGAAGUACCAGAACAUAUUACUGAAGAAGAACUCAAAACCCUUAUGGAAUGUGCUUCUAAAUCAGCCAAAAAAAAAUACUUAAGGUUUUUGUAUGGUAAGGAAAAAAUGAAAAAAGCUAAGCAGAAAAAGAAGGAAAUGAAGGCAGAGGCCAGGGAAGAAGCAAAGAAGGCCAGGCUGCUGGAAGCCAGCAAGAGUGAGGAGCAGCAGGACUUUAUGUUUCUUCGACUCUGGGACCGCUCUAUCAACAUCGCACUGGGUUGGAAGGGUGUCCAGGCUAUGAAGUUUGGACAGCCUUUGGUUUUUGAUAUGGGUUAUGAAAAUUACAUGAAAUCAAGUGAACUGCAGAAUACUGUUUCUCAGCUUUUAGAAAGUGAAGGAUGGAACAGAAAAAAUGUUGAUCCUUUCCACAUUUAUUUCUGCAAUCUUAAACUAGAUGGUGCUUAUCAUCGAGAGUUAGUUAGACGUUACGGUGAAAAAUGGGACAAAUUGCUCUUAACAGCAACAGAAAAGUCUGCUGUUGAUUUAUUUCCAAAGGACAGUAUUAUAUAUUUAACUGCAGAUUCUCCCAAUAUUAUGACUACUUUCAAGCACGAUAAAAUUUAUAUAAUUGGGUCAUUUGUUGAUAAAAAUACACAGACAGGCACAUCCCUCGCCAAGGCAAAACGGCUAAAUCUAGCAACAGAGCGCCUUCCACUAGAUAAAUAUUUACAGUGGGAAGUUGGUAACAAAAAUCUCACCUUAGAUCAAAUGAUCCGCAUUUUGCUCUGCCUGAAAAACACUGGUAGCUGGGAAGAGGCUCUGAAGUUUGUUCCCAGGAGAAAGCAUACUGGCUAUUUAGAGAUCCCUCAGCAUUCUCAGGAGGCUUUUAGGAAACAGAAGAAAGCAAGGACAAGUUCACUUUUAGAAGGUUCCUUAAAUGUACGCAGACAGAAAAGGUGACCUAAAUGAGAAAAUAUAAUAGUGUAAGAAGCAAAUAGAAUGGAAAUACAGAUAAAAUAAUGUUUUUCUUCCUAAAUGGAAUUGUAUCUUAAAAGUAAUCUUAACAGACAAACUAGAGUUUUGUCUUUUUCUGAUUAUUUAAGUAUCUGGAAAACUUUGAAAGUAUGUUUUAUUUGUGGAAACAAAUUAUAGAUUAAUUUAGAAUUGAACAUAAAGUUAUAUCGUUGUUACA